AUGUCACCCGCAAGCAGAGCAAAUAGAGAGUCCGACAGGAGGAAGCUUAGACGGACAAAAAACGCAUGUAUCAGUUGUCGACAAGGUAAAAUCAAAUGCUCUGGCGAGGAGCCGUGCGCAAACUGCCAACGGCGUUUAAUGAAAUGCGAGUACAUGGACGGGACCAACCCCACGGUGGAUUCAGAGCGAAGAAAUUUGGGAGGGCAGAGGCAUGGCGCGGAACAUCAAUCGACGCCAGGAAGCAAGCGGUCUCGUGGUGCUGCGUUCGGAUCCGAUGACGAGGAUAGCAGUAAGUAUACCGAAGCACUUUUCCCAUGUUGUAUUUUUGAGCUAAUCCAAGGGAUACAGAUUCUCAGUCGGUUGGCCACAGGUCAUCUCAAACGCAAGACUCUUCUGAGUGUGUACACAAGCCCUUUCACGCUGCCCUCUACGACUAUCAAGAACACCCACAGAAACAAGCGCAAUUGGAUCUGGCUAGCUCCAUCUUCAACAUGGUCUUUCACAGCCCGCCUCACCCUUAUGGUGGCCGAGAGACUUCAGGUGGAAACUCCGUUUAGCUUCCUUCCAUCGAUCAUGCCAUCUAAUCUCUUUAAUACCGUGAAGUUUCAUCUCAGCCAGAAUUAUCAAUUGAUUGACGAAACGAACUUCGUGAAGAAUAUAGAAGAGUUCUACUACAGUCUGGCAUCCAAAAAGGCAGCAGAGUCGCAUCUGUGGUUUGUGCAGUUCUUACUCGUCUUAUCCUUUGGACAGGCUUUCCUUUCACGAUCAAAAGGCUCAAGGGAACCGCCCGGUGCUAAGUUCUUUGUUCGCGCCAUGGCGCUGCUCCCAGAGACCAACUCAUUAUGGAAAGACAGUCUGCUAGCCAUCGAGAGAGAAUCUGCUCAAUUAUACAUUGCUCAAGCGAUUCGGAUAGCUCAGCUGGAAGGCUUGCAUACCCAACUUGCCGAGGAUGCACUCGGGACUCAAGCGGUUGCUCGAUGCCGCAGUCUCUGGUGGACUUUUCCCAUGAAUACUCAGGACGCCGACAUAACUACGGUACUUGACCCGCCAAGUAUAUGUUCGCAGCGUGACGCAACACUCGGCCUCCAGGUCAAACUCUCGCGUUUGCUAUCGUCGAUCAUCACUACUAUUUACAGGUCCGAGAAAACUCCGCUUGGUGAAUUUUUGACUUCAACAAAGUCCAUACUUCACACAUUAGCUGGUCAUGCACAGGAAAUUGAGAGAAUAACUCGAUUCAAGUUCCAAAACUCAGUGGAUACCAUGCCAAAAGGAACAAGAAGCAUUACCUUGCUGUAUCAUCAGUGUGUUAUCAUGGCUACGAGGCCCCUAUUUCUAUCCGCCUUAAAGCAAGAGCUGGAGAACUUUGGCUGGGAUGGAAGAGAUCCACAGACAUUCUCGUCUCCCUUGAAGACACUGGUCUCGACGGGCAUUAAAUCAGCGGCGAAGACUCUUCAAAUUCUCUCUGGGGAUGAUAGUCUCCUAGAAGUCUUCCUGACGUUCGAGUUAGAAUAUGCUUACAGAGCUGCCAUACACUUUACAAUGGCCAACGCACUCUUCCCAGCCGCAGUAGGUGCCGACGAACCGGCGCAAAUGCGGCAGACGCACAACGAUAUGGCUAGCAAAGGAAACUUAGUGGCUGAAGUUCGAAAAGCAGAGUUGGCCCAUCUAGAGACUCUUUUUCGCGAAUUCACUCGGCGGGUAGGCGAACAAGACUUCGAAGGCCGUGGACCAUCUGGUUUGAUUGAAGCCAUAGCUGAUCCGACACAAACCCAAACUUUGAUCAAUGAGCCUGACUUAGUAUCUACGACGACGUUGAAUAACACUGAGUUUCUCGAAACCAUCGGUAUCUCUUCGGAUGAUUUUCUUUCAAUCGUAGAACAGAUGGGGAACGAAGAUGAUCUGCCAUUUUCAAUAACUACUGGAUUUAGGAAAAUUUUGGAAGUGAUUGAGGGCAAACAGGAGGCAGGAGCUUCUAGGUCUGCCGGUCGAUAUCACAAUGGAUCAAAUUCCAUUGAACUACAUUCUCGGCCUCAUUGCAUCAUACAUUAUUGA